GCGGCUCCCGCCGACCCGGAAGAGGAACGUGGCCACGCCCGCCCCGCCGAGGGGACUGGCGGCGCGGUUGCCGUGGCAACACAACACAACACAAGGCGGCAUGGCGGAGGGCGGGCGGGAGCCGAGCCUCUGGGAGCGCGUGUGCGCAGAGUAUGAAGCAGAGCAGCCUCAAUUUCCAGAUGGUCCUGAAUCAAAACAAGAAUAUGUGUCUUUGGAAGCAGGAAUAGCACAGCCAUUAUGUAUGGAACAAUUUUUUUCAGCCCCUGCAGCUGAUACUUCUGUCCAACAGUUGCUUUCCACACCCAAGGCAGAUCCCCUUCCAGAACCACCUGAUGCAAAAACGUGUCCUCCUCGAGAAUACUUAGAGUAUUACAUAUUUCCAGUACUCUUACCCGGAAUGGUGGAACUCUUGCAUCGAGCACAGGAGGAAAAGUGUUUUGAGAGAAUAAGGACCAAAUUUAUUGCCUGUGAUUUCCUCACCGAGUGGUUAUACAACAAUAACCCAAAGAGGAAAGAUGAGUCAUUCACAGAAUUCUUUUCCAUUCCUUUUGUUAAGGACUGGCUAAAGGACCAUCCUAGACGACCAAUUCCUCUCUCUCUCCUUCUAUCAGAAGAAGAAGCAAGCAUAAUAAUUCAGUCCUUCUGGAGAGGUUAUCGGGUCCGCUGUGACAGUGAAGUACAAGAGCUACGUCAGUGGCAAAAGAAGUUGAGAGAGGAAAAAAACAUUGUUAAGAUAGUGAAAGAAUUCUGGACUAUUCAGGAAGCCAAAGGAUGUGACACAGGGGCAUACACAUCGCAAGAUCUGCUUUUGGUUUCAUGCAGCUGAUGUUCUACCAUGAGAUUGAUUAGGAAAACUCUUCCCAGCGUGCAUUUAUCUAGGGCUGUCCAUAUCAAUUCUGUCAGUAUCUGCACCUUAAAUCAUCCAUUUGAAACUGGACAUAAUUUCCUGCAGCUGGCUUCCUAGCUGGUAUCCCACAUAGCUCCAGCUGUAUUUUUGCUUUCAUGUUUCCAAGAAGAAACAUUUGGGUUUUUGUUAAUGACCUGGUUAAUUUGUUUUGUGCCUCCCUGCAGUGGACAAACCCCAUCUAGCCAUGAUUCUGAGCGGUGUGUUAUGCAGAUGCAGUACUGCUGACACAUCACUGGAAAUGAAAAAUGCCUGUCCUACAAUGAAAGGAAUCUGAAAAUAUUUGAACUUUUUAAUGAAAAUACCUAAAUCUUCAUUCAUCACUUAUGUGAACAAAACACUCUCCUGACACUGUUACAA